AUGUCUCAAACAAGUCAUGCACAUGGCUCACACGGUAAUAUUUCUGGCAAAGGUGGCCGUGCUCGAGAUGAUCCCAUCGGAACUGGUGGUAGCACAGCUGACGGUCAGUUGACUCAUCAAGAUCCUUUACAAGGUCUUGCUAAUGCUCAAACAGGUGUCACCACAAAAAGUACCGUUGGCUAUUCAACUAAUCAAACACCAGGUGCGGUUACCAAUCGUGGACAAAUCGCACCGGAUAAUCAGGCUGAUUCCGAUUCGAAUGGCAAUUCUAAACAAUAA